CUCCCUGCGCCACGUGCUUGCUGGAGGGCGGCGCAAGGGGCAGCGCUGAAAAGAUGUUCUUGCUGCCUCUUCCGGCAGUCGGGCGAGUUGCUCUCAGGCGUCUGGGAGUGAGUUGUCUCCGGGGCCGGAGUCUUGCCACCGCCGACAUGACGAAGGGCCUUGUUUUAGGAAUCUAUUCCAGAGACAGAGAAGAGGAUGUGCCACAGUUUACGAGUGCAGGAGAGAACUUUGAUAAAUUGGUGGCUGGAAAGCUGAGAGAGAUUUUGAAUGUAUCUGGACCACCUCUGAAGGCAGGCAAAACCCGAACCUUUUAUGGUCUGCAUCAGGACUUCCCCAGCGUGGUGGUAGUCGGCCUAGGCAAAAGGUCAGCUGGCGUCGAUGACCAGGAGAACUGGCAUGAAGGCAAAGAAAACAUCAGAGUUGCUGUCGCAGCUGGCUGCAGGCAGAUUCAGGACCUGGAGCUCUCCUCUGUGGAGGUGGAUCCCUGUGGAGAUGCUCAGGCGGCGGCAGAAGGAGCGGUGCUGGGUCUCUAUGAAUACGAUGACCUAAAGCAGAAAAAGAAGAUGGCAGUGUCCGCGAAGCUCCACGGAAGUGGGGAUGAGGAGGCCUGGCAGAAAGGAGUCCUCUUUGCUUCUGGGCAGAACUUGGCCCGCCAGCUGAUGGAAACUCCAGCCAAUGAGAUGACACCAACCAGAUUUGCCGAGAUUAUUGAGAAGAAUCUCAGAAGUGCUAGUAGUAAAACAGAGGUCCACAUCAGACCCAAGUCUUGGAUUGAGGAACAGGAAAUGGGUUCAUUCCUAAGUGUAGCCAAAGGGUCCGACGAGCCUCCAGUCUUCUUGGAAAUCCACUACAAAGGCAGCCCCGACGCGGGGGAGCCGCCCCUGGUAUUCGUUGGGAAGGGAAUCACUUUUGACAGUGGUGGCAUCUCCAUCAAGCCUUCUGCAAGCAUGGACCUCAUGAGGGCUGACAUGGGAGGAGCUGCCACAAUUUGUUCAGCCAUUGUGUCUGCUGCGAAGCUCAAUUUGCCUAUUAAUAUCAUAGGUUUGGCUCCUCUUUGUGAGAAUAUGCCCAGUGGCAAGGCCAACAAGCCUGGAGAUGUUGUUAGAGCCAAGAAUGGGAAGACCAUCCAGGUUGAUAACACCGAUGCUGAGGGGAGGCUCAUCCUGGCUGAUGCACUCUGUUACGCACAUACCUUUAAUCCAAAACUCAUCAUCAACGCAGCCACCUUAACAGGUGCCAUGGACAUAGCCUUGGGGUCAGGUGCCACUGGGGUCUUUACCAACUCAUCCUGGCUGUGGAACAAACUAUUUGAGGCCAGCAUUGAAACAGGGGAUCGUGUUUGGAGGAUGCCUCUCUUUGAACAUUAUACAAGACAAGUUAUAGAUUGUCAGCUUGCUGAUGUUAACAACAUUGGAAAAUAUCGGUCUGCAGGGGCAUGUACAGCUGCAGCGUUCCUGAAGGAAUUUGUGACUCAUCCCAAGUGGGCACAUUUGGACAUAGCAGGUGUGAUGACCAACAAAGAUGAGGUCCCAUACCUGCGGAAAGGCAUGACUGGGAGGCCCACAAGGACUCUGAUUGAGUUCUUACUCCGCUUUAGCCAAGACAGUGCUUAGCUCAGACACUCGGAAAUGCCUUCAUUUGUCAGAAAUUGGACAGUGGAGCUUGAAAAUACUUUUGGAUGAAUAAAAAUCUUUUAAAGGCAACAAAAGAUGGUAUUUAAAACUAUAAAACUAAAUGAAAUUUG